UAGGAGUAGAACAUUUCCUUUAUUGUUGUGAUUAAUUAGAAAGAAAAAACGAAACAGAAUUAUGGCUUUGCGUUUAGCAGCAAAAUCCUUGGGCAACCAUUUGACCCGUAAAUUUAUUGUUGGCCCCCAAAGUGCCGCUGCUAACAGAUGCAUGUCCCAUUAUCCUAUUAAUGAUCACAUUUUUGGUUUGGAUGAGGAUAAACAGAAGUUGAGAGAAACUGCUUUUAGCUUUUUCCAAAAGGAAUUGGCUCCUUAUGCCAAGGAUAUAGAUAAGAACGAUGAUUUUCCAGAAAUUCGUAAUUUCUGGAAGAAAAUGGGCGACUUGGGUUUCUUAGGCAUUACUGCUGAACCAGAAUUUGGUGGUACUGGUGGUUCUUAUUUGGAUCAUUGUAUCAUUAUGGAGGAAAUUUCCAGAGCUGCUGGUGGCAUUGCUUUGUCUUAUGGUGCCCAUUCCAAUUUGUGUGUCAACCAAUUGACUAAGAAUGGCACUCCUGAACAGAAAGAACAGUACUUGCCUAAGUUAUGUAAUGGCGAGCAUAUCGGAGGCUUGGCCAUGUCUGAACCAGGCGCCGGUUCUGAUGUUGUUUCCAUGAAACUAAAGGCUGAACGUAAAGGUGACUACUAUGUGUUGAAUGGCACCAAAUUCUGGAUUACCAAUGGUUCGGUGGCCGAUACCUUAAUUGUUUAUGCCAAAACCGGCACUAGUCCAGCCGAUGGUCAUGGUAUUACCGCAUUCAUUAUUGAUACUGCCUCCGAAGGUUUCAGUGUUGCCCAAAAACUUGACAAAUUGGGCAUGCGUGGUAGUCCCACUUGUGAACUUGUUUUCCAAGACUUGAAAGUACCAGCCAAAAAUAUUUUGGGCAAAGUAAAUAAGGGUGUGUAUGUGUUAAUGUCUGGUUUGGACUUUGAACGUCUUGUGUUGGCCGCCGGUCCAGUAGGUCUAAUGCAGGCUGCCAUUGACACCUCAUUCGAGUAUGCCCAUCAGCGUAAGCAAAAGCAAUUGAUUGGUGAAUUCCAACUUAUGCAAGGAAAAAUGGCUGAUAUGUAUACAACCUUAAGCGCCUGUCGUUCAUAUUUGUACAGUGUUGCGCGUGCCUGUGAUGACGGUCACAACAGUUCCAAGGACUGUGCUGGUGUUAUUUUGUAUUGUGCCGAAAAGGCUACACAAGUUGCUUUGGAAUCCAUACAGAUUUUGGGCGGCAACGGCUACAUCAACGAAUAUCCCACUGGUCGUAUUAUGCGUGAUGCUAAACUGUAUGAAAUUGGUGCUGGUACCUCCGAAGUUAGACGUUGGCUAAUUGGUCGUCAAUUGAAUAUGGAAUACAAGUGAAUAAGAAUGAUUCUGUGAAUUAAUCGAGCUGCCGCUGACGAUGAUUAUUAUUGCAUUUAUAUAUAUAUGUAUUUUUAUUAUGGUGAUACUUUACUACUGCAUUUAUUUUUUUUUUAUUGGUUUUUAUUUUUAAUUUUUUAUUUGUAUUUUUUUUUUCUAUAAAGUACCUAUCUACCUAUACCUAUAUACAAUAAUUUUAAUGUAAAUGAAAUAAAUAUUUUUUUAACAAAUCUAGCAAAAAUUUAAAA